AUGAAUAUUCGUGUCUUAGUGCUAAUGCUUUACCGGAUGAGUAACUAUCCACCCCCAGGCACUCCUUUCAAGUCCGUCGGCUUUUCCGAAUAUUGCGUGUUCAACGGCCGUGAGUUCAGGCGCAAAAGGGGGACGCAACAAUGGAUCGAAUCCGAGGAACUCGAAAGCAACUUGCCUACACUAGACCGUGCACUGCGCCUCUUGCUUAUCCAGGAGAAUCAAGCUGACGGCGAACCCCAGCAUUGGUCACUCUUUGUCGCCCGCGAAAACGAACCCGGCCCAGUUUACCAAGUCAAAGGAGAUGCUGAAUGCAUGAGUUAUCAACCUUCACCCGGCCCAACCAACAUCCUCCAGUCGGCGUCUUUCUCAAAUGCAUACAACCUUGCCGUCGUCACGGACAAACAGGCGCUCAUUGUAAAACAGGUGGCUGAGAAUGAACCCCCUCCGAGAGCAGUAAAUCGACAGGCUGUUGUGGAAAAUUGUCAAGGCUGGACCGUCCGAGUGAUUGCUAAACUUGUGGACAGAGGUAUUGUGGACAGUGCUAAGCUCGAGAUGGCUAGGUCCAUGGUCCAACCAAUCUGA